AUGAAUGAACGACUUUUUCGCCUACCAUUUGAAUCAAACGAUGAUGAGCUUGGCCCGUGGGAUGUUUUGCUCAGUAGUGAUGCAAUUGCAGAUAUGAAAAAAUUAGAGCCCCUUGCAAUCAAAGCAGUCAUGGAGAAACUCAUGCAAAUAUCAAGCGGAAAAUGGAAUAAGUAUGGACUGCAACAUACUGUACAAUCUUGCAUUGUACCUGUUUAUGAGGUGGAACUUCCAGAUUAUGGUGGCUUGAAGAUUCUCUGGCAAGUUGAUUAUGGAUUUUCUAUUCGUAGAAAUUCACUCAUGCAACAUGUGGCAAUUUGGACAGUCACCGUAAACCAAGAGCAAAUCAACGAAAUAUUAGAAAAUGUUUCAUUACUUCAUCAAGUCUACACUCCUGAGCAUAAAUGCUGGUGCACAUUGCAACAACAGAUUGGCAAAGGUAAUAUCAUUUUACCAAAAUCAUCCUUUGGAGAUGAAGAAACAACAAAAUCUACCCAGAGCAGAUUGAUGAAGAACCAAACAGAUGAUGAAAAUUUGUUGAAGGUCCAUGAAAUGCUUACCACAAAUAAAUUUGUUCCAUUAUCAAAGAAUUUAUUUAGGUCACUUGUCAGGGGUGGUACUAAAUUUACUUUUCAGGUAUCUAAGCUUGAGUAUGAAAUUAUUAACCAUCCUUCAUCAGCAAUUGUCAUUGGUCGUUCUGGAACUGGAAAAACCACAUGUAUUGAGUUUAGACUUCUUGGUUCAUAUUGGGCAAGUCAACUCAAUCAGAUGUCAUCUUCAAAUGACAAUAAUUCUAAUUCUCACAAAAGGCAAAUAUUCAUUACAUUGAGUAAACGCCUAUGCUGUAAAGUAAAAGAUGAUUUCAAUGAACGGUUAGAAGCAGCAGAAUCUGGUAAUGAAAAGAUGACUGAGGCUCAAUUUAAUGAGUAUGCAAAAAGAAAAGUUUGUAGCAAUAUUGAUAUGAAAAAUGUGACAAAACAGGGAAAGGGAAAUAUUGUGGAUUAUACUCCAAACUCAUUCAGUGAGCUUGAAGAUGGCCAUUUUCCAUUGAUAAUUACAUAUGAAACAUUCAUUAAAAUGCUUCUGAGAACUUAUGGCAUUAAUCUAUUGAAUCCAACCAAAAAACCAAAUUUUGAUACAGAUGACUAUGUCUCAGAUGCAUCAUGUAAACAUUUUGUAGACUACAGACUCUUUGCAAAAAAAUAUUGGUGUCAUUUCAAUGAUUAUUAUAGAAAGAACUUUGAUUGUGGGCUGGUUUUCUCUGAAUUUUCUAUCAUUAAGGUAUAUAAUGAUAUGUAA